GGAGAUGGAGAAGCGUUUUAAAAAUGGGGAUGAUCUUUCUCUCCAGUCACUUGAUGAGUCAGAUUUUCUGGUCAGUAGUUUAUGCAUAGUGAUAGGUGAAAGGGACGACACCAAAUUGGUAAGAUCCUUAUUUUACAUCAACUUAAAUGGUUAAUCAUCAAACAUGGUCAAAUAGCUCUGAGUGACUGUGUCUCUAUUGUAGGGAGUUGAACUUGGGACCACUAUCCGACCAAAUGAAAAGGAUCGGAAAAAUGUGGACCAGCUUUCUCUCCAGUCAUUUGAUGAGGCAGAUUUUCUGUCUGAUGAGGACCGUGACCACCAGGAGAAUCCACUUCCGGAUAAACGCCUGAAUCAUGUUAUGGAUUACGAAGCCCAGGCCCUUCGUCCUUCCUCUGUGAGAGCCGUGACCAAGCCUUGCAUCACUAAUGACGUGCACCCCACCAUGCUACACGAUCAGAAGAGGCGCGACAGGCAGUACCGUGCCACAAGAGUCAUGAUAAGGUUCCAAAAAACCCUGGUUGCCCUGGAACAGGACCUUAUGACAACUAAGGAGGAGAUCCUGAACACCAACGAGUACUUCAAAGAGAUGUCUCGUGUGAAGAGCCAGGGACAAGGCCGGAUGGGUGCGUCUCUGAGAAGAUUCGUUUAUAACGUCAGAGGGAGAAGGCUCCAGAAGAUUCAGGCGGAGAAGUAUAUACGGGUCAGCAAAGAUUUCUAUGCGCUGAUCCAAAUGGUCGAGAAGGACUGCAGAGCUGAGAUCAAUCUGACGGGCCUGGAGAACUGGCAGAGAGAGGUUAAGAAGCUGCGCAUGGCCUGCAGGGCCUGCACUGAGAGGAUCCAACCAAUCGAGGUGUGUGAUUCCCCACCACAGGUCCAACCCUCUCAAGAGAAGUCCUCCAUCCAACAUUUUGAUCUCUCUGAGCCAGAGAUCACUCAUGUGGUCCCCUUCACUAUUGAGGAUGCCAUGGAAUCACCCCCUCUGACUCCUCCUACUCCCGAGGCCCUCCACCUCAACCAGCAGCUUCCCCGGGCUUUGACUCCCCUCAACUGCGUCACCAAUGGAGUUGUGACUCCUACGUGGCCUGAGACUCGGCCUGCUGUGGGGUAUUUACCCCCCCCUCGUCUGCAACCAAUCCAAAACAUGGAUGAUGCAAAGAAGCUGCUCCAAGGAGGAUUGGAAGAGCUUCUGCAGCUCAGUGACUCUUCCAUGUAA